AGCACCAACCUUAUCAAGCACCUCAAGCCUCAGACUCAUGUCCCUUAUCUAUAUAUCACUCCCGCAUCCAAACCACUAAAACCUAUCGCCCCUCGCCCUCCAUGGCCGCAACUCUGUCAACCACAAGCCUCUCCGCCGCCUCCCCUGCAACACCGGAGCGCCAGAGCUCCUUCAGGGCCACUGCGCUUCCCCAAAGGAGCCUCCUUUUCGCAGGCAGAGUCGGGUUCGUGAAGAGGAAAGUGGGGCUGGCGGUUGUUCGUAGCUCUCCGUCGACUCCGGGAGGAAUUUCGGAGAAGGUGUCGGAGAGCAUUAAAAAGGCUGAGGAGGCGUGCGAGGGCGACGAGAAAAGCGGGGAGUGCGCGGCCGCGUGGGACGAGGUGGAGGAACUCAGCGCCGCUGCGAGUCACGCCCGCGACCGAGCCAAGGAAUACGAUCCACUGGAGAACUACUGUCAAGACAAUCCGGAGACUAACGAGUGCCGCACCUUCGAUAACUGAUUCCUCAUCACUUGUUUUUGGAGAAAAUUUGCUUACUCGCGUACGCCAGUUAUGUUAUUUAGAAGGUGUUCCCGAAUUAUAUCUCUAUUAUAUCCUGUAAACUUUCUGUAAGGUAUUUGUAAUUUACCUUGAAAAUAGAAGCGCAGAACUUUUUAGAAGGUACAAGCAGGUUAGAGUUAGGUUAUAGGGAGGUUACAAGGGAUAUAACGUCGAUAAAACCCCCAAUAUCCUCUCAAUAACCUCCCUAACGUACGCAAUGCUGCGUACAUCUUAGAUACGCAAUUUUUUCUCCUUGUUUUCUUUGUGCUCAUAUAUGGUAAACAAUGGAAGCUACGAAGCUUAUACUUAUUUUAU